AUGAAUCAUCGCAUCAAAUACCUCAGUAUUUUAAACUUAAUCAAUUUAGCAAAUCAUAUAGGAAAUAAAUUUGUUAAUAAUGGAGAUUCAAAUUAUGAAGCUGAUUUUGAACGAUUGUUCAAAUGGAAAUCUCUUAAAUGUGGUUUCCAAGAGGUUAAGAUUGUCCAGAAACCAAUAUUUUUAUUUAUCUACAAAAUACAAUGUCCUUCUUGUCAAAAAUUAAAACAGAAAUUUUCGAAAUCUAUACAUUUGAUGGAUCUUAGCAAUCGUUUUAUAAUGAUAAAAGCGGAUGUGGAAAAUGAUAAAAUUUUAAAUCAAAAACAGUUUAAGCCAGAUGGCGGAUAUGUACCUAGAAUAUUAUUCUUUACAUCUGAUGGCGACUUCAUUCAGGAAGCUUAUAAUAAAUGUGCAGAUGCGGACAAACAAUAUAAGUUUUUUUAUAAAAAUCCUUCACAAAUUAUAUGUACUAUGUUGCUUGUUUUGAACAAUUAUUCCAAAGAACCAUUACCAAUACUAUUUCAGUAUGAACAAUUAUUAAAUUUGGAAAACUGUGAUAUGGAAGAUGACAUUAUUAUUCCAACCUUAAUACAUUGA